CCUAAGCACGCUCCCGCGUCACGUGGGCCGCUCCGCCGGCUUCCGGAAGUGCGUCACGGGCUCGGGCCUGUCUCCGUUGUGGGCCCGCUCGGAACUUCGCACCGGGGCAGCGCGGAGCGGCGGCCGGGCCGCCACUAGUUCCUUGCCAGAGAGUUUGAGCACAGAGAGUCGCCAAGAUAGCUGGGCCAGGAAGAAAACGUCGCACCCCUGACCCAGACUCCAUUACCGACCCUGGUGGGCCGUUUGUGUCAUCCAAACGGCUGAAAAUGUCCAGCAGCACCAAUGCCCCCGGCCAGAGGAGAGUGUCUCGGGGCUUGGAUGAUGCCACCAACAAGAAGAAGCAGAAGGAUCGAGCCAACCAGGAGAGCAAGGAAGUGUCUCGCCCUGAAUUCGAGCAGGCUGAGACCUCCCAGGAGAGGGACUUGGAGGAGGAGCUGCUGCUGGACUGGAAGCAGAAUGCUGAUGAGAUCAUUGUCAAGCUGAACUUGGGAAGUGGAUCUCUGAAGGUGGAGGACGUGGAUACUUUUUUCACCGAUACUGACUGUGUGAUCAAACUACCAGAUGGGCGCCAGUGGAGCUGUCAGUUCUAUGAGGAGAUUGAGGGCUCCUGCAGCAAGAUACAGUGCAAAAAGGGAAAUUUUCUGCAGCUUGUGCUUCAGAAGAAGAUCCCGCUCCACACCUGGUCUUCGCUUCUGAAGAGAAAGAAAGAUGGAUCCAAAGAGCUGGGCAAAGGGGCCAUGUGCUGGGAGAACGGGAAGGAGAAGGCUGCAUCUGCAGAACUGGCCCCUGAAGAACCACGGACUGAAAGCACUGAGCUUCCAAGAACCCGCAGAGAGCCCUCCAACCCCAAGCGUGCUCAGGGAAGAAGCGAGGCCCUGGGAGGGAAAAGCCCAGCCAGCCCAGGGACACAGAGUGGCCCCAGCGCCAAGCGGGCAGUAUACCUCAAAGUGGCUCCAACUGAAGAGGAGCCAAAUACCAGAGUCACCGGGAGCGUGGAGCCCGGCAAAGGGCAUGGCGGGAGGUCAGGCAGCCGUCGCAAUGGCAGAGCCAGCCAGGGUGAUGGGCCUACAGCCCUGACUGACCUCGCACCACCACUAGAGAAGGCUGUGAUUAUGGCCAAGGAGACUGUUCCUGUGGAGAUGCCACCACUUGCUGCUACCACAGAGGUGUUCCCCCACUGUGUUGCCACCUGUGUAGAGAAAAGAGUCCUGCAGCCAGGCAGCCCUGUUGAAGCCUCACGGGGCCGGGAGAGUGCACCAGUCUUGGGAGAGAGCUCUAAAGCCAUCCCAUCAGCCACACGUCCCCUAGGCAGAGAUGGAGAGAAGAGGGACUGGUCCAAGGACGAUGUGGCUCUGGAAGCAGCAGCUGAUGAGCCAGAGCCUCUUGUGAGCCUGACCUUUGUCAAGUAUGACUCAUAUGAGAAGGGCAAUGACCUGGUGGUGGUGCACGUUUAUGUGAAGGAGAUUCAUAAGGAGACUUCCAAGGUUUUCUUCCGGGAGCAAGACUUCACACUGGUGUUCCAGACAAGUGACAUAAACUUCCUUCGCCUCCAUCCUGGCUGUGGGCCCCACACAGUGUUCCGGUGGCAGGUGAAGCUCAGGAACCUUAUUGAGCCAGACCAGUGCACAUACAACUUCACAGCAUCUCGCAUUGAUGUCUGCUUGAAGAAACGCCAUAGCCAGCGCUGGGGAGGGCUGGAGGCUCCAGCCACACGAGGUGCAGUGGGUGGUGCAAAGGUUGCCAUGCCUACAGGCCCUACCCCUCUGGAUAAGACCCCUCCAGGCAGUAACCAGCACCCCCUGUCCAGCAAAGAGGAGGCCCGAACCAGUGAGAAAGAGAAGCCACGUGUCGAGGAUGGGAGUCUGGAUGGUGUGGCAGCCCGUACAGCCCAAGAGCACGUGGCAGUGAAGCAAGAGCCGCACAUCCCCUCGCCCAAACCAACUUGUAUGGUGCCACCGAUGACACACAGCCCAGUGAGCACUGAGAGUGUGGAAGAUGAUGAGGAUGAAGAUGAGAAGAAGAAGGUGUGCCUGCCUGGCUUCACGGGGCUGGUGAAUCUGGGCAAUACCUGCUUCAUGAACAGUGUCAUCCAGUCACUGUCCAACACGCGGGAGCUGCGUGACUACUUCCAUGAUCGAUCCUUUGAGUCUGAAAUCAACUACAACAACCCCCUUGGGACAGGGGGACGCUUGGCCAUUGGCUUUGCUAUGCUACUGAGAGCACUGUGGAAAGGCACACACCAUGCUUUUCAGCCCUCUAAAUUGAAGGCAAUUGUGGCCAGCAAGGCCAGCCAGUUCACUGGCUAUGCCCAGCACGAUGCUCAAGAGUUUAUGGCCUUUCUGCUUGAUGGCCUGCAUGAAGAUCUCAAUCGCAUCCAGAACAAACCCUACACAGAAACUGUUGACUCAGACGGGAGGCCUGAUGAGGUGGUAGCUGAGGAGGCCUGGCAGCGACACAAGAUGAGGAAUGAUUCCUUCAUUGUGGACCUAUUCCAGGGCCAGUACAAAUCCAAGUUGGUGUGCCCAGUCUGUUCCAAGGUGUCCAUCACCUUUGAUCCCUUCCUGUACCUCCCAGUCCCCCUCCCGCAAAAGCAGAAGGUGCUGACUGUCUACUACUUUGCAAAGGAGCCGCACAAGAAACCCAUCAAGUUCCUCGUGAGUAUCAGCAAGGAAAACUCCAGUGCCAUGGAAGUACUCGACUCGGUGGCCCACAGUGUGCAUGUGAAACCAGACAACCUGCGCCUAGCAGAGGUAAUCAAGAAUCGCUUCCAACGCAUGUUCUUGCCGUCCCAGUCUCUGGACACAGUCUCUCCCACAGACCUGCUGCUCUGCUUCGAGGUGCUGUCCACAGAGCUGGCCAAAGAGCGGGUUGUGGAGCUGCAGGUCCAGCAGCGCCCACAGGUACCUAGUGUCCCUGUCGCCAAGUGUGCAGCCUGCCAGAAGAAGCAGCUGUCAGAGGAAGAGAAGCUUAGGCGCUGCACGAGGUGCUAUCGAGUCGGUUACUGCAACGUGACGUGUCAGAAGACACACUGGCCAGACCACAAGGCUUUGUGCCGCCCUGAGAACAUCGGUUUCCCCUUCCUCAUCAGUGUGCCGGAAUCCCGCCUCACUUACGCCCGCCUGGCGCAGCUGCUGGAGGGCUACGCAAGGUACUCGGUCAGCGUGUUUCAGCCUCCUUUCCAGCUGGGACGGAUGUCACCAGAGCAGGGGCUUCAGCCUCUGCUCCUAGACAAGCUGGAGCCCCUGGCCAAAGGCAGCUGUGCCGCCGCCACCUCUGCUCCUGAGCUGGGGGACGGGGACAGGGCUUCUGGCCUCCUGCAGGAGCCUCCCCUCUCACCAGCUGUGCCUGAGCUGCACCCGGAGAUUAGUGACACUGGCACUGUUCGGAGCAAGGUCCUGGCUGCCAGGAGUUCCCUGCUGAGCUUGGAUUCGGGCUUCUCUGAGCACAUGGAUUCGCAGGGUGACAGCUGUUGCGAGAAAGAGCCCUCCUACGAGAGAGCCCUCAAACCAGAAGCUGCCAUCCCUGGGUACCAGCACACUCCAGACUCGCUGAGCGCCCGUGCCACGCAGUUCUACAUCAACAAGAUCGAUGCUGCCAACAAAGAGUAUAAGCUGGAAGAUAAAGGUGACACCCCCUUGGAGCUGACGGAUGACUGUUCCCUUGCCCUGGUGUGGAAGAACAAUGAGCGCCUCAAGGAAUUUGUAUUGGUGGAGUCCAAGGAUCUGGAGUGCGUGGAGGAUCCGAGCUCAGCCAGUGAAGCAGCCCGAGCUGGCCACUUCACCCUGGAGCAGUGCCUCAAUCUCUUCACCAAGCCUGAAGUCCUGGCCCCAGAGGAAGCGUGGUACUGCCCCAAGUGCAAACAGCACCGCGAGGCCUCCAAGCAGUUGAUGCUGUGGCGCCUGCCCAACGUCCUCAUCAUCCAGCUCAAGCGCUUCUCCUUCCGCAGCUUUAUUUGGAGGGACAAGAUCAAUGAUAUGGUUGACUUCCCUGUCCGGAGCCUGGACCUAAGCAAAUUCUGCAUCGGCCGGAAGGGUGAGCAACAGCUGCCUAUGUAUGACCUGUAUGCUGUAAUCAAUCACUAUGGAGGCAUGAUUGGCGGGCACUACACGGCAUAUGCCCGCCUGCCCAACGACAAGAACAGCCAGCGCAGUGACGUGGGCUGGCGGCUCUUCGAUGACAGCACAGUCACCACUGUGGACGAGAGCCAGGUGGUAACCAGAUACGCAUAUGUCCUCUUCUACCGCCGGAGGAACUCUCCUGUGGAGAGACCUCUGCCAGGGCACCCCCCAGACCACCGAGCCGAGCGCACCCCCUCUGCUGAAGCUGCUGCCAGUCAGGAACUGGAGGCUGAAGAACAAGAGCUGCAGCUCGAGGCUCCCCAAAGGCCUGCAAGAAACUCCUGGAGGCCCCGUGGCCAGAAGAGGAGUCCGGGUACCCCCCAACACCCAGACGAAGGCUGCAUCAAAUACUUCAUCCUGGCCACCACGGCCGCAAUCGUGGCUCUCUUCCUGAAUGUGUUCUACCCGCUCAUCUACCAAACCCGCUGGAGAUAGGUGUGGGCAAACAGAGCAGGGCUGCCGGGGCACACGCCGUGCCAGAAUGCUGCACCACGAAGACGUCAGAGCUGCCAGGUGGCCCGACAGAACCCUGCGGGCAGCAGGACAGAACCCUGUGGGAAGGACACGCCUGCUGCGGGCACCAAUGCUCUCGGAGGGAAGCUUGGGGCUGUCGGCUCCUGUCUGUCUGCUCUGGCAUCCCCUAUGCCAGCUGGCAGGGCUGCGUGGCCGGCCCCCAGCGUUGCCAGGGCACAGCCCAGAACCAGCAUCCCCUCAGCCCGCCCUCGCCCUGGCUGCCUGCUUGGAUCGGGGCUGGCCCCAGUGGUACAUGCUGCUCAGGAAAGGACGGUGCCGCUGCCACUGGGAACAUCCUGGCAACAAGCAGAGCCCUGCCCGGAGCCUGUUGUGAGAGCAGGAUGCCCUGACACGAUCGCUGGUCCCACUGCUCCCUGCUUUGGGAGCCUCACAUUCUAAAGAGCCGGCAGAAGCUGUAUCCCUCUAGGCCAGCAUCAUCUCCUGUGCGGGGACUGGAUGACUUGUCACCGUGUGCUUUGCACUUCCUUGCUCAGUCGGGGGCCUUGGCCUCAGCACUGCUCCUCACCCUGGGGCAUGGAAGAGCAGCACCCAGGCAGACUGUGCUGGGGCACACACAGCACUCCCUGAACUGUCCCUGUCUGCAUCUGGAAGUCCCAAUUUACAAUGGGAUGGGUCUGGGGGAGCACGAGGCAGCACCUCACUGGGGGACUGGCAUGGGCUCGGGGAGCAGCAGGAAGGAGCUGGGCUGCAGGAGGCCCGUGGGAGGUUGUGCUGGCAGCGUCGCUCUCCUGCACGUUGCGGCGUGUGCCAAUAAAGGCAGGUUUUCCAAAGA